CAACGUCUUCACCACACAUUUCAUCAACACAAACAAGGCCAGAAUCAGUGACGACGACCAUGCCCAGCACAAUCUCUUCAACAUCAAUAUCGCCCUCAAACAACACCACAACAGCUACAACAACAGAGUCGACGCAGUCUUCGUUCACACCUUCGACAUCUUUAACAACUGGCAAUACGUCAACAAGCGCUAAGUCUGAUGUAGCAUUUGCAGAUUUUUCACGAGGAUCUUCAAAUGCAGCAACAGCGGCAGGAGUCUCAGUUGCAGUUGCACUAGCUGUUGCAGCUGCGGUGAUCGUGUUUGUCCUUAGAAAGAAGGGGAAAUUGUGCUUCGCAAUCACAAAGGGUUCGAAAUUGGAAAAUCCUGACAAUAAUCACCACAUAUCGUUAGCGAGGAUAGAAUCCAAACCAAACGCACACCACCAAAGUCCAAUAUCACUUGGGCAAUUGGAGGCUCACGAAUACAGUAUCUUAGAGAAAGACGGAUUUGAACGGCACAUAACGGCUAUCACUUCCGAGUAUGCAGACGUCCGUGGCUAUUUUGUUCUAGAGAAACAAACAUCAGAUAUUAGCAACGGAAACGGCGUUCCAGUAAACGAAAUCCACCCAUACUUAGUUCUGGAAAAACAAGGUUGUCAACCGGUUCAUGAAACGCCUUCAAAUGAAAUUAAUCCUUACUUUGUAUUAGAGAAACAGACAACUAGUAACUCACCACCAAUAAAUAAAGGGGCUGCACUUGAGUCUGAGCACGAUGAUGUAACUAUGUAUCAAGAGAUAGAUUCAAAUGACACAUACGCGGACAUUGAUGAUUCACGACAGGGCAACAACGAUUACGAUUACACUAAUAAGACAUUCAGGGACUCGGAAACUGAAAUAUCAGGCAGCGUUUACAACCAUCGUAAUGCUACUGGUAACGAUUAUGAUCAUCUGGGCGAAGGGCAAAGCAACGUUAGGGCGAUUGCAAAUAACUAUAACAUGACGUCUAGUGUCGGUAUGAAAUAAACACGGCAAUGCAAAAUACAUUUCCCGGAUGUGUAAAUAGUAUUUAUAAGAUAUAUAUUCUAUAUCUGUUUUGAUUUGCGUUUCUAUUAUUAAAGUUAUACAUUUAAAAUAGGGAUGGGGCAGAAUAUCCGAAUACUCGAAUAUUUGAAAAUCGACCGAAUAUUCGAAUUCCAAAAUUCA